AUCUCAUUCACGGGCUCUCAUAACUUUCUUCACCUUUACACCAAAUAUUAGUACUCCCACCAAUAGCACCACAGCCAAUAGUUUGUGAGCUAGUAAACUUGAGUGUCUAUUCUUCUCUAAAUGGAGAUCAUUGGGAGAAAACUCUUGGCAGUGGUGGCGGCGGCGGCGGUGAUAGUUGCAGUGUUUGGAGGGUCAGAGGCAUUGGAGUUGUGUAACAUGAAUGAGGAUGGUUUGACAGCGUGCAAACCAUCUGUGACCACGCCAAACCCGGUGGAUCCAACGCCACCGUGUUGUGAGGCUCUGUCCGCGGCGAACUUGACGUGUCUAUGCGGCUAUAGGCACUCCUUUGUGUUGCCUUCUCUUGGAAUAGAUCCUGACCUAGCCAUGGCACUCCCUGCCAAGUGCAACCUCACCCCUCCUCCCAAUUGCUAGAAUUAAAGGACAAGAAGCAAUAUUGUGUAACGGGUCUGGUUUUGAUGUGUUCUGAAUCUCUCUGGUGGGGUGUCCUGGCCAAAUAUAAGACUGGUUUAGCUCCAGUUCUCAACGUACUGCUUACGUGAUUAACUAGUGCUGUUUAUCUACGUUGUUAAUUAUCUCUGUGCUCCUUUGAUUACAUGAGAUUUCGUUUAUUUUCCCUUUCCUUUCA